UACAACUUCAAAUCUGCCGCUGUCCAAGCUCAAUGACUCAGCAUUCAGCAGCUGCAGAACUCCGGCGUGUGUAGUCGGGAAUCAGAAACGUCGCUUUUUUUUUUUCUUUUUUUUUUUUUUUUUUUACUGGCGGGCAGUUUCUUUCGCUUCUCCUUUUCAUUUCUUUGUAUUUUAGGAAUUUAUCAUGUCAAAUGAACUUGGAUUGCACAUUAACACUCCUCUCGUUGAGAGCAUCGGGAUGUCCAAACGGCUGGGGUCCACGGUUUAUUUGAAAAUGGAAAGUUCACAACCUUCCGGUUCUUUCAAAAUCCGCGGUAUUGGGUAUCUGGUCCAAAAGCUUGCAGGGUCGAAGUCACGUGGUGUGAUUUGUUCUUCAGGUGGAAACGCAGGCUUGGCUACAGCCUAUGCAGCACGUAAGCUCAACAUUCCAGCUGUCAUAAUCGUUCCUUCAUCCUCCCCCCAGCUGGUGGUGGACAAACUUCACGACCAGGGGGCCACAGUCAGAGUUGUGGGCAAGGUGUGGGAUGAUGCGAAUGCUGAGGCUCUUCGUCUGUCGCAAAGUGACAACCUCACCUUUGUUCCACCGUUUGACCAUCCUCUGGUCUGGAAAGGUCAUUCCACCAUUGUCCAUGAGCUGAAGGCCUCCUUGCCGACCAAGCCUGGGGCUAUAGUUCUGUCUGUGGGGGGCGGAGGGCUCUUCUGUGGCGUGAUGGAGGGUCUGGAUGAGGUGGGCUGGGCUGAUGUGCCAGUCCUAUGUAUGGAGACAGUUGGAGCAGACUGUCUCAAUGCUGCCAUAAAAGCAGGACAUUUAGUCACUCUCCCAGAUAUUACAAGUGAGGCCAAGUGUUUAGGAGCAAAGACAGCAUGCAGCCAGGCGUUUGAAUACAGCAGAAGACCCAACGUCCUCUCUGAGCUAGUGAGUGAUCUACAGGCUCUAGAGGCAAUGGAGCUCUUCCUGGAUGAAGAGCGUGUGUUAGUGGAACUAGCAUGUGGCGCUUCACUAGCUGCAGUGUACAGCGGCCUCAUCCGGCAGCUGCAGGAUGAGGGUCGUCUCCGUGAGCCCCUUGGGCCCCUGGUGAUGAUCGUGUGUGGGGGUAGUAGUGUCAACCUGGCUCAGCUAAAACACUUGCGGACAGUCUGCAAGUGAUCAAAGUACUACUCUUCCUUAGGGUCAUUAUCCUUAGAAGGUAGAAAUUUGGAAUCUCUAAUUCAUAAUGCUGCUACAUAAUUUUAAGGUGACCUAAAUUUGAGAGAUGACUUUCUACUUUUUUUUUUCUUUUUGUAAAUUUGACAUGCCUUCUGACAAAUAUAGUGACAAACAUACAAAGAAUUCUUAAACACUAAUGAAUUUAGGGUUUUUUGGGCCUGAACUGUUGAACACGUUCUAAUGUUAUAAUACAUCUCCAGCAGAUGGCAUUAAUGUAGUACUAUUUAAUGUUAUUAAGAUUCACUUCUUUAAUUUACUGUUACAUCUUAAUAACAGCGGUUUAUCAUAGUGUGUAGCACCGUGCCACAAAUAGAUGGACUGAAACUUGACAAUAAAAAACCUUUUCCAUUGCUGAGAGGAAUAAAGAUGGGCAUGAAAACAUGAAUCAUUUAUGUAACCAUGGCUAAAUAUAUUCCCUUGUUUUUUAUGCAUGACACUUGCUGAAGAGAAGCAUUACCACACUGACAUCUAAACCAUGAGAACCCCAUUAACUGUGCUGCUCUCUGGGCAUUCAGCGAUUAUUAUACUCCAGCUCCCCGCCUAGCUGAUGCAGGUCAUGAGUGUCCUACAGCUCUUGUUCUGCCUGGUGCUUGACGCUGUGACCCUCAAAAACAUAAAACUGGAAAACUGUCACCAUUAAAUUGAGAGCUUAGCUGCCUUAGCAGGUGUGAGGGACAGAGAACAUGACCUCUGUGGGCCUGUUGAAGAUGGUGGGUGGGGUCUGGUCUGAGAUUGGCAGGUUGGAAAGGGUUGAGCAUUAGCUUCACUCAGAAAUCUCUGUUUGCAGCGUGUUCAUACCAGAGACUGUUGUGAGAUAUUUUUUAAUGGAAUGCAACCCUUGGAAGGAAUGUACACUUCCUCCAACAAUCCGCAGUCUGAGUCUGAUCCUAUGUUGUUUAUGAUUUAAGGUUUUUGAGUUUUGGAAGAAUUAAAACUGCAAUAAAACACAAUGGCUGUGUG